UAAAUAAUUUGUAUUAAAGAUUUCGUUUGGAAGAGCUUUGGGGACGAGAUGCGACGUGUUCCGGUCUGCCCUUUCAGGUCCAGGUGUCGGAUCGACUUGUUGUGUCUGGGCGAAGGAGCUUUUAAAUCGCGGUGGAUCAUACAAAACCAAGAUGGUGAACGUACCUAAGUCCAGACGCACCUUCUGCAUUAAGUGCAAGAAGCACCAGAACCACAAGGUCUCGCAGUACAAGAAAUCCAAGGAGCGCAAGUUUGCCCAGGGUCGUCGUCGUUACGACAGGAAGCAGGCUGGAUAUGGUGGUCAGACAAAGCCUAUCUUCAGAAAGAAGGCCAAGACCACCAAGAAGAUUGUGCUGAAGAUGGAAUGCAACAAGUGCAGAAUCAAGUCCCAGCUCCCCCUCAAGAGAUGCAAGCACUUUGAGCUUGGAGGUGACAAGAAGAGGAAGGGACAGAUGAUCCAGUUCUAAGCUGUGCUUACCUUUAGUAAAGAAAAAAAAAAUCUAA